AUGGACGGCGGAGGGAGUCCAAGUCUCAAGAUCAGCGAGGCAGAUGCCAACUGGGAACUGAUCCGGGACAAGGUCAUCGAGGAGCGCUUCGGGCCCAGCGUGGUGCCGGUGCCUUUCCUGGAAGACGCUGCCUCCUACGACCUCCUGACGGUGCUGAUCAAGAAGCCGCAGCUGGGGCAGAGCCUCCUGCGCCGGCAGUGCUUCCUGGUGCCCAUCGGGCCCCUAGAAAGCCUGCUGCCCAGCGGGCCGGCCCCCAGGGAGCUGACCCACUGCACCCGCGAGUACAGUGCCCGCGUGAGGGGCGAGUCCCGCUACGAGGAGACACGGCUGGUGGACGGGGCACUGCGCCACAUCCGCCUCUGCCUGGCCGGCGUCCACAAGAAGGUGGCCUUCUUGGCGCUGCGCCCCGGGACGGUGGCCCUGCGCCCCGACCUGCCCUGGCUGUGCUCCCAGCGCAGCCUCUACGUGGUGCAUGAGGUCUUCUACGCCAGCAGCCUCUCGCUGGCCGUCACCCAGGACGCUGAGCACCGGCACUUCGUCCAGGAGGCGCCCCUCCCGCUGGCCUUCGCCUGCCUCAAGUUCGCCCUCAGCCACAAAGGCGUGCUGGGCUCCCAGAAGCCCAUGGGCCGCAGCCUGCCCACCAGGGCAGCCUGGAUGAGGACGGCCAUGCUGGAGGCCUCUCCCCCGGCCCGAGCCCUGGAGGCCCCCCUGCCCAGGGAGAGGGAGACCAUGGCCCUGCGCAAGCGAUGGAGGGCCCUGGGCAGGCCCCUGAGGACGGUGACAGGGAAGUGGCCCUUCAAGCAGCGACGGCCCAAGCUGGGGUCCUCCUGCGGCAGCCUGGCUGACCCCGAGAGGCACUGCAUGUCCCUGCCCCUGCUGCAGAGCAUCGCGGCCGCCGAGAGCGACACGGAAGGGUGA